CAGAUCUGUUUGUCACGUUCACAUCAAAUGCUGCUUGGCCUGAAAUUACAGAGGCUCUAUCAUCCAUUCCUGGUCAAGAACCAUCUGACCGUCCAGAUAUUGUCAACCGGGUAUUCAAAAUGAAGCUUAAUAUUCUAAUGGAUGAUAUUAAAAAGAAACAAUUCUUUGGACCCAUAAACGCAGUUGAAUUCCAGAAACGUGGACUCCCACAUGUUCAUAUAAUUAUAUGGUUAGCCAAAGAAGCACCUUUAGAUGCACAGAAGAUAGAUUCCUAUAUUUCUGCUCAGUUGCCAGAUCCUAUAAAAGAUCCAAUAGGAUAUGAGGUUGUUUCUUCUUUUAUGGUGCAUGGCCCUUGCGGCCCUCUCGGCCAGUCGUCACCAUGUAUGUCAGAAGGAAAAUGCACCAAAUUUUACCCAAAGGAGUUCUGUGAGCAAACAACUGUACGGGAGAAUGGUUUCACAGAAUAUGCCCGACCAAAUAAUGGAAUAACAGCUAGGAAAAAUAAUGUUGACAUUGACAAUAGAUUCAUUGUUCCUCACAAUGUGGACCUAGUGGUUAAGUACCAAGCUCAUAUAAAUGUAGAGAAGGUUAACCAUGAUGGUAUGCACAAAUAUCUUUUCAAGUAUGUCACAAAAGGAUUUGAUUGUGCUAGAAUUGGCCUCCACGGCAACUUUUCAACAUCAGCCUCAUCAACUGAAACCGUUAAUGAAAUUGAUAAUUAUUUAGAGUGUCGUUGUGUGACACCAAAUGAUGCUGCUUGGCGGUUGCAGCAAUAUGAUAUUCACCAUACAGACCCUUCCGUAGAAAGGCUCCCUGUUCAUCUUCCUCUUGAGAACAAUGUAAUUUAUUCGGAAGAUGAUAAUCUGGAACAAGUUAUUGAAGACCCCAAAAAUGUGACCACUAAACUCACUGCAUGGUUAGAUGCUAAUAUGCAACACCCUGAAGCUCGACAAUACACGUACAUAGAAUUUCCAGAAUAUUGGACAUGGCACCAGCAAGGGAAAUACUGGGAUCAUCGUCGAGGUCCUCAAAAAAAAAUUGGCCGAGUGGCACAUGUCAACCCUUCACAAGGAGAGCCUUUCUAUUUGCGAAUGUUGCUGAACAUUCGUAAAGGUCCAACCUCCUUCACUGAUAUCAGGACUAUAUCAGGCCAAGAAUAUCCUACAUUUUGUUCAGCAUGUGAAGCUUUAGGCCUCCUAGGUGAUGACCAAGAGUGGUCCAAUGCAUUAAAAGAUGCGGCUCGGUGGGCAUCACCAUUCCAAUUACGUCAGCUUUUUGUUACCCUUUUGCUUUUUUGCAAUGUAACAAAUCCUAUCAAGCUUUUUGAGGAGCAUGCAUCAAUGAUGUCUGAAGAUAUAGCACAUCGGUUGAAUCUUCAUCCUUCUCAGUUGAGCAGUUCAUCACUAGAUUCGUACGUGACAUCCUGUCUUCUCAUUGAGCUGGAUAAAUUGCUGAAGGAUUCCGGAUAUUGCUUAUCACAUUUUAGUUUGCCACUGCCAGAUGAUAUAGGAAAUGCUUCUGCACAAAAUAGGCUUUUGCUGGAUGAGCUUACCUAUGACAUUCCAAACAUGACAUCCACUUUGAAUGAUAAUAUUCCGAAGCUAAACAACAACCAGAAGGAUGUAUUUCAUGCUAUCUAUAAUUCUGCCAUAAAUAAUGAAGGUAGAACAUUCUUUGUUUAUGGAUAUGGAGGGACUGGUAAAACUUUCUUAUGGACUACUUUACUUUAUUCUUUGCGGAGUCAAGGGAAAAUUGCAUUGGCAGUAGCAUCCUCGGGAAUUGCUUCUCUAUUGCUCCCGGGAGGUCGAACACCACACUCCCGUUUUAAAAUUCCUUUGGAAAUUUCAGAGAAUUCAAUGUGUACCAUAAAGAAAAAUACACACCUGGCAGAACUUAUUCAAAACACAUCUCUUAUAGUUUGGGAUGAAGCACCAAUGAAUCAUAGAUAUUGUUUUGAAGCACUAGACCACACUCUCAGAGAUAUAAUGUCAGAUACUAGACCUAAUGCCGAAGACAUGCAGUUUGGAGGUAUCACUGUAGUUCUUGGUGGGGAUUUUCGGCAAACACAACCAGUGAUAAAAAAUGCAACCAAGCAACAGAUUUUGAAAUCUUGCAUUGUUAACUCUUAUUUGUGGAACAAGUGCACACUUCUACAGUUGAAUGAAAAUAUGAGGCUCACCUCAGGGUGUCUCUCCAUCUCCAGGAGAGAAGAACUACAGAAUUUUGCUGACUGGCUCUUACGAAUUGGAAAUGGCACUGAGCCUUUUGUUCCUGUUCCAAAUGAACCCAAUAGCAUAUUUAUACAGAUCCCCCAAUAUCUCCUUUUGUCCCCAGAUUCUAGAAAUAUAGAUGGAUUGAUAUCAUUUGUCUACAACUCAGGCUGUGAGUCAACUACCAUUACAUCGUAUUUGUGUGAUCGUGCAAUUCUUGCACCUACAAAUGAUGUCGUUUCUAAAAUAAAUACAAUAAUGAUUUCUCGGCUAGCAACAAGUGAAAUGUCAUAUUAUAGUUCAGAUUCAAUUGAUGAUAGAUGUCCUAAUCAUUCUACUCUAGAAGCAUUAUAUCCAACAGAGUUGCUAAACACCAUUGACAUACCUGGACUUCCAGAUCAUAUACUGCAUUUGAAAAUUGGUGUUCCUAUAAUGCUACUGCGUAAUCUUGAUCCAUCAAGGGGACUUUGUAAUGGCACUAGACUCAUUGUUACACAACUGACUGGUCGUGUCAUUGAAGGAGAAAUCAUAACAGGGAAGGCUAUAGGUUCAAGAGUAUCCAUCUCCCCUAUGGAGUCAACUACGAAAUUUAAAGAUAUUACAGUGGGACAGCAAAACUGUAAGGUCUUUGCACGGGUAAUAAGGCUUUGGGAUGCUAUAAAUACGAAUCCCAGAUAUGGAAAUGCUUUGAUCAGCAUUGAUGGCAUUCUCUUGGAUGAAGAUGGAUCCAUGGCACAAAUUAGUGUGCCUAAAAAAUUUGAAAAACAAUUUCGUGGGUUGCUAUCUCAAGGAUCUGUCUAUAUUAUUUCAAAUGUUGCAGCUAUCGAUAUCAGAAGCAAAUCAUAUGUCUAUCGCCAUCAGAAUUAUAUGCUGCAAUUCAAACAAGACACAAAGGUUCAUCCGCUACAUUCAAGAGGUGCAGAUAUACCUACACUUUCGUUCAACUUUUGCCCAUUUGAUCAGCUGCCACAAAAAGCAAUUGAUUCCAAGCCACUCCUAGAUGUGAUAGGAGUAAUAUGUGAUGUUGGUCCAUAUGACUAUGCUAGCCAAACAUCUCAGCACAAAUUUCGGAAGAUCAAAAUUUGCAACCUAGAAGAACAAACACAAGAAUUAGUUCUAUGGGGCCAGCAUGGAGAAUCAUUUGAUGAAGAAACAGUACUUAAAAAAUCUCAAGAAGGAAUUGUCAUAGCCAUUUUUGCUGGUGUAACUGCAAAUCUACAAAGGUUUACAGCUAUCAAUGGAAAUGCCCAACUCUACAAAAGCAUCUCCCUCAGGUCAAACAAGUAUCUCCACUUGAAGCAGUAG